UGGGUGUCAGCUUUUAUUGGCACGGCACAAAGCAAGUGCCAAGGGCUCGGCGGCUCGACUCCCCGCCGCAGACUCGGCCUGUGGAUAAAAGCGAGCAAAAUGCCCCAGUCGAGCUCAGAGACAUAGUCAUGUUGGGCUGGAACGAGGAAGUGCAGUGGAGAGGGGAGGGACUCAGGGCGCAGCUCCAUGGGGCCGCCGCGGCGCUGCGACCUUCUGCACAUGGAGCCGGGGAGAGUUGGAAGAACUUCAUACUGCAAACUCAAGGAAUAGCAGAGUACUUGCACCGCAUGGAGACAGAAGAGGCCCAGGAAAUGGCCCAGAUGCCAGGCAGGGACAGCCCCCCUGCCAACGAAGCGUCCGAGGAGGCGGAGGAGCCCAUGGCCGUCCCCGAAGACCUGUCAGCCGGCUCCACCCACCAGCAGAACAACAGAGGGGACAAAGCCUGUAACAUUAAAGUUGAGGCUCGCAGUGAUGAGGAGAAUGGGCUGGCCUGUGACAUGAAUGGCGUGGAGGAGGAGGAGUGCGCGGAAGACUUGCGCGUGAUCGAUGCCUCCGGGGCCAAGGUGAACGGCUCACAGCCGAGCCCCGAAGCCAAGGCCUUCUCCUCGGCCGGCGGUAUCCGGCUGCCCAACGGGAAGCUCAAGUGCGAUAUCUGUGGGAUAGUUUGCAUUGGCCCCAAUGUGUUGAUGGUGCACAAGCGAAGCCACACUGGAGAGCGCCCGUUCCAGUGCACCCAGUGCGGCGCCUCUUUCACCCAGAAGGGCAACCUACUGCGUCACAUCAAGCUCCAUUCGGGGGAGAAACCCUUCAAGUGUCACCUGUGCAGCUACGCCUGUCGCAGGAGGGACGCCCUCACCGGCCAUUUACGCACCCACUCGGUCGGAAAACCCCACAAGUGUGCUUACUGUGGGAGGAGCUACAAGCAGCGCAGCUCUCUGGAGGAGCACAAGGAGCGAUGUCACAACUACCUCCAGUGCAUGGGGCUGCAGAACAGCAUCUACACAGUAAUAAAGGAAGAAAGCAACCAGAAUGAGCAGAGGGAAGACUUAAGCCAGACGGGAUCUGACAGAGCCUUGGUGCUAGACAGACUAGCUAAUAAUGUAGCUAAACGUAAAAGCACUAUGCCACAGAAGUUUGUGGGUGACAAACGUCUGUCGGACCUCUCCUACGAUGGAGGAGCAGGUGAGCUGAUCCAGCCGCACGUUAUCGACCAGGCCAUCAACAGUGCCAUCAGCUACCUUGGGGCCGAGUCGCUCCGCCCUCUGGUUCAGACCUCCCCGGCCUCCUCCUCUGAUGUAGGCAUCGGCUCCAUGUUCCCUCUCCACAAGCCGCCCCCCGAGGGCCACACAGGGACGGGCCUGUCAGCCAAAGACAGCGCAGCUGAGAACCUGCUGCUGCUCUCCAACUCCAAGUCUGCGUCCAGCGAGAAGGACGGCUCGCCCAGCCACAGCGGCCAGGACUCCACAGACACCGAGAGCAACAACGAGGAUCGCCCGGGCGGGACGGCCCACAGUCUCAUCUACCUGACCAACCACAUCACCUCUGGGGUGAGGAACGGCGUCCUCCCAAUGGUGAAGGAGGAGCAGCAGAGGCAAUACGAGGCCAUCCGGGCCAGCAUUGAGAUGGCUUCCGAGGGCUUCAAGGUAGUGACGGCAGACGGGGAGCAGGUGAGGGCGUACCGUUGCGAACACUGCCGCGUUCUCUUCCUGGACCACGUCAUGUACACCAUUCACAUGGGCUGCCACGGCUUCAGAGACCCCUUCGAGUGCAACCUCUGUGGUCACCGGAGUCAAGACCGAUACGAGUUCUCCUCUCACAUAACGCGAGGGGAGCAUCGCUACUGAGCCCCGUCAGUCGAUUUCACACAGACAAACAGAUGUACAUAAAGAAAACAUGCUACACACUCACUCAUCGACAUGCACCUAAAAUAAAUGCAUAGAAAAUGUAAAAUACAUGGUUGAUGUCUGAAAGUUGUGUUUUUUUAUACAAAGUAUGCAUGUUUGUUGGACACAACCAGGGGUGAUGGACAGGAGGAGAGUUCACGAAGAUACUAGAAUGACCAGCUGUGGAUUUGGGGGAGGGGCCCAUAGAGGAUACUCGCCCAAAUAUUAUACUACGCCCCUGGAUGCAACUUUUAAUAAAUGCUUUUAUUUUCAUGCCGUGCUCAAAAGGAAGAGUAGUUCAUCUGUCUGUGUGGAAGAAGCAAAAUAAUAUUCAGUGAAGAUGACGCGAGUUACUUACUUAUUUACAGUUGCCUCAUGUAUAAAAUGUAUAAAUGUGUCUUUUCUUUUGGAAACCAGGCAGCAACUUUCCUCUAGAUUUAAAAAUAGAAAAGAUUCCCACCCUAACAUUUGCAAAUACUAUCUGUCCUGAAGUGUCUGAAAUGUCAAUAAAAGAUUCCAUACUGCAGUUUUCAGUGCAGGAAAACUCCCAUUUAAAUGUUGGUAUAAAUACAAUCAGAAGAAAAUCCACAAUCACUGUAGAUAAAGUCACAUUUCCUCCCAAAGUUUCAACCUGUUCUCGUAUUUGUAAUGAGCUACAUAUUAUUUAUAUCACAAUGACAUGCCUGUCUGUUUUUGUAUUUAUUACGGUGAUGGAUCUUUGUCUGUAGAGUAGUUAAUAAAAGCUUCAUCUGUCCAAUUGUACUAAAUGUUUCUGAGAUGAAAACAUGACUGCUGCUGGAAGUUAUUUUUAGUUUUAUCAAAAAAACUUGUUACCCUCUGUCCUAAUGUUUCUAUUCUGAUGAUGGCUAUAAAUUGUUUCAUUCUCAAAAUAAAGAUGAGACAUUUGAGGUUUGAAGGAGCUUUAUGCUUGCAUAAAAUAUCAAUAAAGGAUAUUUUAUAUAUGCACAAA